CACCUACACGGCCCUCUGGGCGCGUGCCCGCUAUCCCCGAAAGCCCCACCCCACGGCACGCGCCCGUCUCCCCAAAGCGCCACGUGCUCGCUGUUGGGCGGCGCUGGGGCCGAGCCGGGAAGAUGUUCUUGCUGCCCCUUCCGGCUGCCGGGCGAGUCGUCGUCCGACGUCUGGGCGUGAAGCGUGUCUGGGGACGGGGUUUUGCUGCUGCAGACAUGACGAAGGGUCUUGUUUUAGGAAUUUAUAACAAAGAAAAGGAAGAUGCUGUGCCGCAGUUUACAAGUGCAGGAGAGAAUUUCAAUAAAUUAGUGUCUGGAAAGUUGAGAGAAGUUUUGAACAUAUCUGGACCUCCUCUGAAGGCAGGCAAAACCCGAACCUUUUAUGGUCUGCAUGAGGACUUCCCGAGCGUGGUGGUGGUCGGCCUCGGCAGAAAGACUGCUGGAGUCGAUGACCAGGAAAACUGGCACGAAGGCAAAGAAAACAUCAGAGCUGCUGUUGCAGCUGGGUGCCGGCAGAUUCAAGACCUGGAGAUCUCUUCGGUGGAGGUGGAUCCCUGUGGAGAUGCCCAGGCGGCUGCGGAAGGAGCGGUGCUCGGUCUCUAUGAGUAUGAUGACCUGAAGCAGAAGAAGAAGGUCGUGGUAUCCGCGAAGCUCCAUGGAAGUGGGGACCAGGAGGCCUGGCAGAAGGGAGUCCUCUUUGCUUCUGGGCAGAACUUGGCACGCCACCUGAUGGAGACUCCAGCCAAUGAGAUGACACCAACCAGAUUUGCUGAAAUCAUUGAGAAGAAUCUCAAGAGUGCUAGUAGUAAAACAGAGGUCCAUAUCAGGAGCGGAGGAGCUAACGCAGAGAUGGGAUUUGAGCAGCACCGAUCGCUUGCUCCCUCUCUUUGUCACCACAGUGGCGGCAUCUCCAUCAAGGCCUCUGCGAACAUGGACCUCAUGAGGGCUGACAUGGGAGGAGCUGCCACCAUCUGCUCAGCCAUCGUGUCCGCCGCCAAGCUUGACCUCCCCAUUAACCUCGUAGGUUUGGCCCCUCUCUGUGAAAACAUGCCCAGCGGCAAGGCCAACAAGCCUGGGGAUGUCGUGAAAGCCAAGAACGGGAAGACCAUCCAGAUCGAUAACACGGAUGCGGAGGGGAGGCUCAUCCUGGCCGAUGCGCUGUGUUACGCACACACCUUUAACCCAAAGGUCAUCAUCAAUGCCGCCACCCUAACAGGUCAGACAAGUAUUAACACUGUAGUCCGGGUGGUGGCUGACAGCGGUAGCGGUGGUGGUAGAGAGCCGUGGGCCAGCAUUGAAACCGGGGACCGUGUCUGGAGGAUGCCUCUCUUUGAACAUUAUACAAGACAAGUUGUAGAUUGCCAGCUUGCUGAUGUUAAUAACAUUGGAAAAUACAAGUCUGCAGGAGCGUGCACAGCCGCAGCAUUCCUGAAAGAAUUUGUGACUCAUCCUAAGUGGGCACAUUUAGAUAUAGCAGGUGUGAUGACCAACAAAGAUGAGGUCCCGUACCUGCGGAAGGGGAUGACCGGGAGGCCCACGAGGACCCUGAUAGAGUUCAUGCUUCAUUUCAAUCAAGACAGCGCUUAGUUCAGAUCCUCUAAACUGUUUCCGUUGUCUUAAAUGGGCAGUUGAGCCUCAAAAUAUUUUUGAAUGAAUGGAUAAAAAUCUUUUAGAAGAAACAAAAGAUGGUAUUUAAAAAUCUAGAACAAAAGAAAAUCUGAUUGUCUUGAUUUUUUUUUGUUUUAUGUAGAGAUUUAUAAAGGUAAAGCUAAUAUCUUGCUUGGCAAUGAUUUUUAAGAUAUUCUAUAAAUGAUUAAGUGUUGAAAAACUACCUAAUUAAUUUUCAGAGCAGAUGUUUUAAAUUGAGGAACAAAAUUGUAUUUUAGAUUUGUGAUGCUAGGGACAAACUAAAGGUUCCUCUGCGUUUGUCAGAAACAAUAAACCCAACUUUUUGUGCUCCA